AUGUUUGAUGGCGUUCUGCUUUCAGGUCAGCCCGACGUCAUCAUGCCUUUCGGAAAUACCCACAACAAGCUGAAGAUGAACUACUCCGCCGAGCAGGAGUUCCCCGACCUCAGCCAGCACAACAACCACAUGGCCAAGGUGCUCACGCCCGAAAUGUACGCCAACCUGAGGGACAAGGAGACGCCCAGCGGAUUCACCCUGGACGACACCAUCCAGACUGGAGUCGACAACCCAGGUCACCCUUUCAUCAUGACGGUGGGCUGCGUCGCCGGAGACGAGGAAACAUACGAGGUGUUCAAAGAGCUCCUGGACCCAGUGAUCGAAGACCGCCACGGAGGGUACAAACCAUCAGACAAACACAAGACCGACCUGAACUUUGAAAACCUGCAGGGUGGAGAUGAUCUGGAUCCAAACUACGUCCUGAGCUCCAGGGUCCGGACUGGGCGGAGCAUCCGUGGCUUCUGUCUGCCGCCACACUGCAGCCGCGGAGAACGCCGCGCCAUCGAGAACCUCUCAAUCGAAAGUCUGGACGUCCUGGACGGGGACCUGAAGGGGAAGUACUACGCCCUGAAGAACAUGACGGAGGAAGAACAGCAGCAGCUGAUCGAUGACCACUUCCUGUUUGAUAAGCCCGUCUCCCCCCUGCUGCUGGCGUCCGGGAUGGCCCGUGACUGGCCCGACGGCCGUGGCAUCUGGCACAACGACAACAAGACCUUCCUGGUGUGGGUGAACGAGGAGGAUCACCUGCGCGUCAUCAGCAUGCAGAAAGGAGGGAACAUGAGGGAGGUGUUCACCCGCUUCUGCACUGGCCUCACCAAGAUCGAGAGUCUGUUUAAGGACCGAGGGCAUGAGUUCAUGUGGAACGAGCACCUGGGCUACGUGCUCACCUGUCCAUCAAACCUGGGCACCGGACUGAGGGCCGGCGUCCACGUCAAGCUGCCCAACGUGAGCAAGCACGACAAGUUUGGAGAGAUCCUGAAGAGGCUGAGACUGCAGAAGAGAGGCACAGGCGGCGUGGACACGGCGGCGGUGGGCGGAGUCUUUGACAUCUCAAACGCGGACCGUCUGGGCUUCUCAGAGGUGGAGCUGGUGCAGAUGGUGGUGGACGGAGUCAACCUGCUGGUGGAGAUGGAGAAACGUCUGGAAGGCGGAGAGAGCAUCGACGACCUGAUGCCCGAGCAGAAGUGAACGCAGCACUAGCAGCUCCUCCUCCUCGCCCCCCCCUCACCCCCCCUAAUCCUCACUGUAUUAAUGAAACCGUCCUGAAGCUGCGGGACGUUUAGAGCCGCUCAGUUAGACCUCAGUCUUCCAACAUGUGAAGGAUUUUCUAUCUCCUGUUGGACUCAACUAACACCUGAAAUAAACCUAAUAAAGUCUGUGUGGGCCCGAUAUACACA